AUGGCUUCCUUCAUCCCCAUCAUCAUGGCCACCAUGUCAAAGAAACCUGCUGCUACUAUUACUGUUGUCACCCCAAAGAAAGGGUCUCACAUCUCUGAUGCUCUUCGGCCUAGUUUCACUACUGAUGAUCUUCUUAGUUCAGAUAUGUUUGGUUCAGAUAUGGAGGAGGAGGUGAAUCUGUAUGACAAAGAAGAAGAAAAAGAUGUGAUGAUGAAGAGAUGGAGUGCUAAAGAGCGGAAAGAAGGUAUUGAGUUUAAGAUAAACUUUCCUGGGUUUGGAAAGGAUGAUAUCAAAGUCACUGUAGAUGGUAUCUCUCUUGUUAUCACUAGUCUUCUGGGUAAAGAAGAAGAAGAUGUUGUUAUUAUUGGUCCAGAUGUUAAUGAAGAUGAUAUGAACACUGUUAUAAUUUUCGAUAUGGAUUUUGAUGAUCUCCUGAACUUACAGGAACUAAAAGAUGAGAUGAAGAACGGACUUCUUGAGAUCACUAUUCCUAAGGUAAAGGUUGAGGAGAAAAAUUUCAUCCUUGUAACUGUUGAGUAG